AUGAAGGCCUAUGCAAAAGAAAUUGAAGAAGAAAAAAAAGAAAAAAGAGCUCUUAAAAAAAAGAUGGCUCAACACUCUGAAGCCUCUAAAACUUCUAAAGCUGAAGCUGGAGCAAGUGAUAUCUCUAAUAUUAACUUUGAUACUUUAUUAGAAAGAGAAUCACAAAGUAAAACAGGAUUAACAAGUGUUUUAGAAUCUGCAACUAUUAGAAGUUCAUCAAUUAUAAUGAGUCUUGAUGAUGAAAAUAUUAAUGCAGAUAAUAGAGAAUAUUUGGAAAAUAGAUCUUUUGUAAAGAAAAGAAAAAAAAGAGCUAGAGAAAAAAUAGAAGAA